AUGAAGAAACAUAUUAUGAAGGACUUGAAACGUCUUAGCCGAACCAUAAAAAACACCAAUAAAAGACGGCAAUCCGCGAUCAAUCAACUACAGACACAAGCCGUGGUCAUCUCUUCCGAAGAAUAUUUUGAACGUUCACGGGAAGCUCGUUCCAUUGUUGCACGCGGUUUCUUGCAAAAUGAAGAUGGCCAAGCUUCACAUGUUAACCAAGAAAAUGAUAAG